GUCCUAGCGAUCACGUACAUGGUUCUCCACUAUCUCACUGGGGUCAUUCUCCGGGCGAAACGGGCGCCGCUGCCUUUGCCUCCCGGCCCGCGGGGCUACCCGGUGGUUGGGGCGCUACCCCUGCUGGGCCGCGCGCCGCACCGAGCACUCGCAGCCCUGGCUAGGCUGCACGGCCCCAUCAUGCACCUGACCCUUGGAAGGCAAGGCCUCGUCGUGGCUUCAACACCAGAGUCGGCACGCCUCCUGCUCAAGGACCACGGCGGCAGCUUCCUCGACCGCCCGGUGGACGACGCCGCGCCGAUGGUGCUGGCGUACGGCGCCCAGGACAUCGUUUUCGCGCCCUAUGGUCCCAAGUGGCGCCGCCUGCGCCGGGAGUGCAGCGCGGGCCUCCUUGGCUCCAAGGCGCUCGACGACUGGGCCGACACGCGCCACGAGGAGGUUGGCCGUAUGGUCCGUGCAAUGAGCCGGCGGGGCGAGGCUUUGGAGGUGCCGGAGUUCCUGUUCGGCGCAAUGGCAAACAUGAUCGGGCAGGCGGUGGUGGGUCGGCGGGUCCUCGACGAGGAUGACGGCGAGGCGACGAGGGAGUUCCAGGAGAUGGUGGUGGAGCUGAUGACCACGGCAGGGCUGGUGAACAUUGGCGACUUUGUGCCGGCAGUGGCGUGGAUGGACUUGCAGGGGCUCGGCCGGAGGAUGCGGCGGCUGACGACAAGGCUGGACAGGGCCUGGAGCCGGUUGCUGGUCGAUCACGAGGUGGCCAUGGCUAACAGGAAGCAAGACGGGAACAGCCGUACAGACCUUGUCGACCGGCUGAUCGCAUGUCGUGGCUAUGCCGAGGAGGACGGCGUCACAGACUUCAACAUCAAAGCUGUACUUAACAACCUGUUCACGGCGGGGACGGACACUUCAUCGAGCACAAUCGAGUGGGCGCUGGCGGAAAUGAUGGUGAACUCGGCGAUAUUACAACAGGCGCAGGCGGAGAUGGACGAGGUGGUAGGCCGAGAUCGCCUACUCCAGGAAUCCGACAUCCGGCACCUCCCCUACCUCCGUGCCAUCUGCAAGGAGACCUUCCGCAAGCACCCCUCCACACCACUCAACCUCCCCCGUGUCUCCACCGAGCCAUGUAAAGUUCAGGGGUAUUAUAUCCCCAAGGGCACGAGGUUGGUCGUGAACAUAUGGGCGAUCGGGCGGGACCCGGCGGUGUGGCCCGAGCCGGGGAAGUUUGACCCUGGGAGGUUCAUGACCGAGGAGGGGAGGAAGGUGGAGCCCAUGGGGAGUCACUUCGAACUGAUCCCGUUUGGCGCGGGCCGAAGGAUGUGCGCGGGGGCGCGCAUGGGAGUGGCGCUGGUGGAACACAUGCUGGGGGCACUGGUGCACGCGUUCGACUGGGAGAUACCAGAGGGGGCGACGGCCAUGGACAUGGAAGAGGAAUUCGGACUUGCACUGCAGAAGAAGGUGCCGGUGAGGGCCAUCGUGCGGCCCAGGCUGGCACCCAGCGCGUACGAGUGAUACCCUACUAUACAGCCGCCGCUCCG